CCUCCACUUUGACCGUCCACCCUCUCUCUCCCUCCCCACCAAAACCAUAAAAAGAUUUUUUUGAGAGACACCCUUUCCGAAUAACAUACCCUGCUCCCAUUCUCGUCCCCUCUACUCUGAUUUCGCUCCUUCUCCUCUCUGUCUCUUGCUCUUUGCAUCUAAUUCUAUGCCACUGUGAUCUGUACGUUCGAAUAUCCCCGCGUUCUCAUCAGUCUAUUACCCGAUUCUCGCCGAUUCCUUUGCCUAGGGUUCUUCUGCAUCUCCUUAAGACAUACCCUUCUCUGUCUGUACGUCGUACGUCCUGUCUGUGUUCAGUCCAUAUCUGGGUGUUUCGCCGUGAUUUACCUUGGAGCUGGUGCUAAUUGAAUUAAUUGGCGAAUCUUUUUGGCAUACACGGAAAGCUGGUAGGCCAUGGAGCCAAAUGGGCAUAAGAGACCAGAAAGGGGGAAGGAACAUUUCGGGCGAGUAAAUGGUGGUGAUGUGUUAACAACACUUGAGGAUGAUCUUGAUCCAUGGACUGCAUGGGCUUAUAAGCCUCGUACCAUCUCACUGUUACUUAUUGGUGCAUGUUUCAUGAUUUGGGCAAGUGGAGCUCUUGAUCCUGAGAGCACUACAUCUGAUGAUCUGGUCACAUCUGUCAAAAGGGGAGUGUGGGCUAUGAUUGCAGUCUUUCUUGCCUACUGCUUGCUCCAGGCCCCUUCAACGGUUCUUAUUCGGCCACAUCCUGCAAUUUGGCGCUUAGUUCAUGGAAUGGCUGUUAUUUACCUGGUCACACUUACAUUUUUGCUCUUUCAGAAACGUGAUGAUGCCAGGCAAUUCAUGAAGUUUCUCCACCAUGACCUUGGAAUCGAACUUCCUGAAAGAUCAUAUGGUGCUGAUUGCCGCAUUUAUGUGCCUGAUCAUCCAACAAACAGGUUUAAGAAUCUCUAUGAUACAGUUUUUGAUGAGUUUGUGUUGGCUCAUAUCUUUGGAUGGUGGGGAAAAGCUAUUCUGAUACGUAAUCAGCCUCUUCUCUGGGUACUUUCGAUUGGAUUUGAGCUAUUGGAGUUCACCUUUCGGCACAUGUUACCAAAUUUCAACGAGUGCUGGUGGGACAGUAUUGUUCUUGAUAUUUUGAUAUGCAAUUGGUUUGGGAUCUGGGCAGGAAUGCAUACUGUACGUUAUUUUGAUGGAAAAACAUAUGAGUGGGUUGGUAUAAGCCGUCAACCUAAUAUCAUGGGCAAAGUCAAACGGACACUAGGGCAGUUCACACCAGCCCACUGGGACAAAGAUGAGUGGCAUCCGCUGCAGGGCCCUUGGCGUUUUGUUCAAGUUCUCAGUCUUUGCAUUGUCUUUUUGACGGUGGAGCUUAACACAUUCUUUCUUAAGUUUUGCCUUUGGAUUCCCCCUGGAAACCCAGUGAUUAUCUAUAGGCUGAUAUUAUGGUGGCUGAUUGCAAUACCAACAAUCCGGGAAUAUAAUUCAUAUCUCCAAGACCGGAAACCUGUGAAGAAGGUUGGAGCUUUCUGUUGGCUGUCACUGGCAAUAUGCAUAGUAGAACUUCUCAUCUGCAUCAAAUUUGGACAUGGAUUGUACCCAAAACAGAUGCCUGUAACGUUGGUGACCUUUUGGGCAUGUGUUGGAGUUGGACUUGUGGCAUUUCUGAUUGUUUGGUCGUGGAAUAUUCACACGACUCUCGACAGAAAGCGACGUUGAUUUCCCAUUUUCAUUCUUGGUUUGGGGUGCGAGCGAUCUUUGGUUUUAUUUUAAACCAAGUAUAUAACGAACUAGUUGAUUUUCUCCGAACGUGUAAAUGCAAUUUUCUCUAGGGGUAGCGAUUUUUUUUUCCCGUUGCAUCUUCAGAUUUCGAUCAAUUCUUUUAGUCUCCCGCCAUUGUAUUGUCGAUCUAUCUGCCCAAAAUUUUUUCUGUCGAAUUUUAUAAAACGUUCCCUCUUGUUUGUUUG